AUGAACACUCUGGAGGAUGUCCCAUUUCAGACCCUACUGGGACCACUGGAGGAGGAAGUGCAGCCCGUGACAGCUCCAGACAUCACUAUACCAAACUGCCACCGGAUACUACAAGACACUGAGUAUGGAUUCAACCUGGAGAAAUGGAUUUUAACUGGGCAGCAGCCAGUCCAUCAAGCCCCAUCCUGCCCCCCCUACUGGCUGAUGUUCAGCAGCCCUCAGGAGAGUCGCAGGACAAAUCGCAGGAGCAGCGACACGUGGACCCCGAGCCCUCGACCCCGCAGUUACAGCCUGAACUCUGCAGACAUUCGCUGGCCGCACCAUCGCACUGUCAAGUUCCUCAUAUCUGACUCUGAGGAUGAAGAUGGUUACAACGAGGAUAAUGAAGGCUCCUCCACUGAAGACGCAUGUCACCCUAUCAAGAGCAGAGAGCGGCCCCGGAGCGCUGCACCCAGAGACCCACUCGCCAGAGUCAAAGACAUGCACCUUGGUCCUUCCACUCACCCCUGUAAGCCUGACUCACCUCUGAGCCUCAGAGCCCACAGAGGCUCUUCUCUGAAAGACUGCAGACAACCACUGCAAGCACUGGAGCAGCACAGGUCACAGCAGGCCAGCCCCGUACCUCAAGGGCAGAAGAACAGCAAAAAGAGGCAGCGGUCACUGGGCUCCGUGGGCAGAAAGUACUCCCAAAACACACCACCUGCUCGCCCCUCUCCAUGCAGGUUGCAGACGCAGCGACCCUCCUCUGCAGGGCCUGUCGUUAAAAACCGCAGGCAGAAGACCCUGAGGACUAGUGGCUCUCCUGGGGUUUUCUUUGAUUCAGCAGCAGAGUUGUUGUCGGCACUCAGCCAGGAGGAGAGGGAGCUACUUGAAACCAUCACAGAGAGGGGCUACCCUUUACGCACAGCUAUUCUGGCUCUGCAGAAGACAGGCUAUCACAGCCCAGAAAAGAUCCUGAAAUACCUGGUGGCCAGUGACCGUCUGUGUGAGCUGGGUUAUGAUGAAGCACAGGUGGAGGAGGCCUUGGAGAUGUUUCAGAACUGUGAGAGCAAGGCUGCUGAGUUCCUGCGUCUCCUGACUCAGUUUAAUGAGAUGGGCUUCAAGCAAAGUGCAAUCAAAGAAGUACUGCUUGUUCAUGAAAAUCACCGCGAGAGGGCUCUGGAAGAACUCAUGGCACACAUGGCUUAAACAGAGCAGCCUCUAAUUUCUAGUCUACAUGGAGAAGGGAUUAUUUUUACAACUACAAUACGUGAAAUGUACUCAAGAUACAGUAUGUGGUCAAUAUGGAAUACUUAACAGAUACUGCCUUCUAACUUGGACAAAAGCUUUGUAACUAAACCAUAAAAAGGGCUGAAAGAAAACAUUCAGGUAUAAAUCAAAAUUACACAAGAUAACAAAUAGGUAGACUUAAUAAGGAUGAACGUUUUUUUAAAACGUUUAUUUACAGCUGGAUUUAAAAAAAAAAAAAGCACUCAAUAUUUAGUUUCUGAAGAGCAAAUUCAGCUGUCAUUCCAGCUGGAGGAAGAAAAGCAUGGUGCACUGGCUUACUGCUACAGUACUAAAACAAUGUAGUGCUCUAGAUAUGGUUAAUGCUUAAAUUUAAAGGCUAUACACCCAAAAGGAAAAUGUCAAUAAAAAGCCACAACAGCCUUGCUACAAAUAUGAAAUACCAGAAAAUACAGCAGAGAAAAUUGCUCCAGCAGUAACCCUGAAAGAAAGUCUUAUGAAAACAGGAUCGAUGGAGACUCAAAAUGUUCAGACAGAUUUAAAUAUUUACAUUUUUUGUAAUGAGAUUACAAUAAAGUUCCCUGUUGUCCAUGAAAACAUCAAACUACCGCUGAGCUGGAAGACUUCCAGCACAGCUGCUUUAACUCAUCACUGUUGACUGACGGUGGAGUUCAGCAUUCCUGACUUCACAGUCGAUUUAGAAGCCUUUGAGAGGUCCCUCUGUAAAGAAAAGUCCAAGUUCACCGUCAGCAUCUUUCACAUUUUAAUAACAAAGUCAAAUGAUUGAAUAUACAAGUUUAUGUUUGUGGGUUCACACAGUGUUAGAAUGUGACAUGGUAAUAUGAAAUGCUAGUGCAUGUUCAUUU